UCUAAUCUAAGGAAACCAUUAUUGAGUUGUUUAAGAAAAAGUUUAUUGACUUUUCUGAGUUGUUUAUGAAAAAGUUUAUUGACUUCUCUAAGUAAUAAACUAUGGGAUAGUCAAUGGACUAAUGUUUUUAAUGCAAUAUUGCAAACAUCAGAAUGAAUGUAUUAUAUGUAUUCUCACCACUAUAGUAAUAAAGGGUAUAAUAACAAAAUUCCCAAAAAUGUACAAUAUGUAUAAUAAUAGCUACAGUGUUUACUUUAUAACCCUUUGAGAUUAUUAUGAUAUUAUUUCCGUUUUACUCACUAUUUAUCAUAUAAUUAAUAGUAUAAGUAAUUAAGAGUUACAAGUAAUUAACUAGAAGUAUAAAAGGACACUGAAAUUCUAAAAUGAUUGCAGUUAUAUUUUGGACAUUUUCGCUGUUUUGCAACUAGUAAUGAUGAAAAUUGAACUGGAAAAAAAUUCAACAAAUAAAAAUUUGGACAUUCCAAAAACAAAUUUAAACUCACCAAGUAUAAGUGAUAUUUCAAGUCGUGUUAUCAUUAAAAGUGAUUUAAUAUAUGGAAAUCGAAAAUCCGCUUAUAAGGCUGUUGUAAGAGAAUAUUCUAAGAAUACUAGCGUACAUGGUUUAAAGUAUAUUUUUGAAAUACAUCGACCAUUUUAUGAAAAGUUAUUUUGGCAUAUUUUCUUAUUAAUAUCUCUAUUUUUUGCGGGAAAAUAUACGUGGAAAACUUAUGUAAAAUGGUUAGAUUCUCCAACGGUAUUGGGAUUUGAUGAAACUCUAGUGAAAAUUCAUAAAAUACCAUUUCCAACUGUAACCAUUUGUCCGGAAAACAAACGUGAUGCCUUCAAAUUCGAUUUUAGCUAUGUGUCAAAGUUGUUUUGGUCCGAAAUGGAAAAUUUAAAUAAAUUUGAUAAUGAAACGUCAUUUCUCUUAGAUCAUUAUAUGGACAAUUUUUUAACUACAUUACAAACCUGUGACCUAGAAGUUAUCAAUAAAUUCUAUCCACAUCUGCCAAAAAAUCUAACAGUAGAUGUAGUAGAAAAUCUACUAAGUAUAGCCUCCGGUAUAUAUAAUAUAAUACGAUGGAAAGGAAUAAUUUAUUACGAUUGUCUUACAAAGGUACUUACAGAUGAGGGCGUAUGCUAUCAAUUUAAUAGUUUACAACAUCAAGAUAUUUACAAGAAUCCCAAUUACAUAAGCUAUAAAAAUAAUGAAUCAGAUUGUAAUUUAAAUAAAAAUGGAAAUUUAUCAUUUGAUGAGAAUUAUCAAAGUAAAGGUUUUAGUACAUAUCUGGAAAGAUCUACUUUGUCAUCGGCACGUUAUGGUCUUCGUGUUCUUUUAGAUUCUGAUGUGGACGAUAGUGACUAUGAGUGUACAAGGUUUAAACAAGGCUUUAAGCUAUUUAUAAAUUCUCCCGAUAGUAUACCAUUAACGAUGGGAAACUAUAUAUUGGUUCCCUAUUCGCAUGAGGUAAUGGUAACACUUUCACCACAGUAUAUAACAUCUCAAAAACAAUUAUGGAAUAUUGCGCCGGAAAAGAGACAAUGCUAUUUUAACAAUGAACGAAAUUUAUAUUUCUUUAAAUUCUAUACACAAACUAAUUGUCAAGCUGAAUGUCUAACUAAUUAUACUAUAGCAAAGUGUGGCUGUGUUAAAUUUUGGAUGCCCAAACCCUUGGAUAUUCCUGUAUGUGAUCUUUCAAAAGUGACCUGUUACACAAAUGCCACCAAUGAAUUAGAAAUCUUAAUUGCCAAUCAAACAGCUCAAAAAGCUAAAGAUCCUACUGUAGAAAUAAUGUGUGAUUGCAUGCCCGCCUGCAAUUCAUUGGAUUAUAAUUUGGAAAUAAAUCGAGCUUAUUUUGAUACCGAUGCACUUGUUAAAGCCAUUCGCGGAGAUAGAUAUAAAAAGAUUCGUAUAUCGCGUCUGAACAUUCACUUUAAGGAAACACAAUUUACCGCCAUUAAACGUACUGUGCUAUAUGAUCUUACGCAAUUAAUAGCAAAUUGUGGUGGAAUUUUCGGUCUAUUUAUGGGUGUUUCAAUGUUGAGUCUUAUCGAAUUGAUAUAUUUCUUUUCGGUACGUUUAGUAAAUAAUUUCCGUAAACGCAGACAGAUCCAAAAGAAAAUUAAACAAUUAGUAUUCCUAAAUUCACCCGAAAGUGUACCCUUAACAACGGGAAACUAUAUUUUAGUGCCACACGAUGAAGAAGUAUUGGUAUCAAUUAUACCACAAUAUGUUAUAUCUACAGAUAAUUUACAUGGAUUUGGUCCGGAAAAACGCCAGUGUUAUUUUAAUGAUGAACGUUAUUUGCGCUACUUUAAAUCGUAUUCCCAAAGUAAUUGUCAAACUGAAUGUUUGGCAAAUUAUACAAUAAAUAAAUGCGGUUGUGCUAAAUUUUGGAUGCCCAAACCCUUAGAUACUCCGGUCUGUAGUCUGGCUCAAGUUGAUUGUUAUAGUCAUGCGGCUGAUGAAAUGAAUAUCAUAAUUGCAAAUCAAACUAAACAGAAACUUAUCAAUUCGAAUGUGAAAAUAAUGUGUGAUUGUAUGCCCUCAUGCAAUUCGUUGGAUUAUAAUUUUGAAAUAUCACGAGCCCAUUAUGAUUUUGAGAAAACAGUUAUUGCCCAAAGAGAUUCAUAUGAACAUGAUGAUGGUCGUGCUUCACGUUUUUCAGUUUAUUUUAAAGAACCCCAAUUCACAGCUAUUAAACGUACUGUGAUGUUUGGUGUUACCACUUUAAUAGCAAAUUGUGGUGGCAUUUUUGGUCUUUUUAUGGGCAUAUCAAGUUUAAGUAUUAUCGAAUUUAUUUAUUUCUUUUCGGUACGUUUAUUUAAUAAUUUAAGAAAAAGACAUUUUAUCAAAAAGAAAUUAAUGGAAACCGAUUUGGAGGAACUUUAA